GUUUACACUGUGCUUCACACACGCUGCUGUUACAAAUUGUUAAAUGAAUAAACUUGAAAACAGAAAAUAAUGGCGAAUGUAGCUUCAGCAGCGGCAGCAGCUGCAGGAAGAGAUCCAGCAAUAGACCGCUCACUGCGUUCUGUUUUCGUUGGAAACAUUCCAUAUGAAGCCACAGAAGAGCAGCUGAAAGACAUUUUCUCAGAAGUUGGUCUUGUGGUCAGUUUCAGGUUGGUGUAUGACAGAGAAACUGGAAAACCCAAAGGCUAUGGCUUCUGUGAGUACCAGGACCAGGAGACAGCGCUCAGUGCCAUGCGCAACCUUAAUGGCCGGGAGUUCAGUGGCCGAGCUCUGCGUGUGGACAACGCUGCCAGUGAAAAGAACAAGGAAGAGCUCAAGAGUUUGGGCACUGGAGUCCCCAUCAUUGAGUCACCUUAUGGUGACAACUGCUCCACAGAGGAGGCUCCAGAAUCUAUUAGCAGAGCUGUGGCCAGUUUGCCUCCCGAGCAAAUGUUUGAGCUCAUGAAGCAGAUGAAGCUUUGUGUUCAGAAUAGUCCUCAGGAGGCCAGGAACAUGCUGCUGCAAAAUCCACAGCUGGCUUACGCUCUGCUACAGGCACAGGUUGUCAUGAGGAUCGUGGACCCUGAGAUUGCUUUGAAAAUGCUUCAUCGUCAAGCUGCUGUGCCGCCCAUAAAUCCAAACAGCCAGUCAGGACCAUCUAAUCAGCCUCUUCCUCAGCCCAAUGCUCCUGUAACCCAGCCCCAGCCCAUGCCAGGAAUGCACAUAAAUGGUGCUCCUCAGAUGAUGCCUCCCUCUCAGAUGGCAGGUGGAGUGCCAGGGCCCAUGCCAGGACAGGGUCCAAUGCCUGGACAAGGACCCAUGCCGGGACAGGGGCCCAUGCCAGGACAAGGACCUAUGCCGGGACAGGGGCCUAUGCCAGGACAGGGGCCCAUGGGCCCAGGAGGUGGAAUGCAGCCUCAGAUGGGCAUACCUCAGGGAGGCCCUGUUCCCAUGGAAAGGGGACCAGGAAGCCUUCAGGACUCUCCUGUAGGAUCAUCUGGUCAGCCCACUAUCGAGCGGGCGCAAGUGCCCAUGGUAGACCCACGGGCUCCUAUGCGUGGCGCCCCGCCUGGACCUCAAGGAAUUCCACCAAGAGGCCUGCUGGGUGAUGGCCCUAAUGAUCCACGAGGCGGAUCUCUGGUAGGCGUCGGCGGAGAGGUAGUGGAGCCUCGGGGCUAUAUGGGAGGGCCUCCACCACACCAGGGGCCACCCAUGCACAUGGGUGGACCUCCAGACAUGCGAGGACCUCAUGACAUGCGAGGAGCCCCAAUGAUGGGAGAACCCAGAGGCCCUAUGAUGGAUCAACGUGGUCCACCUAUGGACUCCAGAGCCACAAUUCCUCAAGGGCGUGAUCCUAGGGCUGGAGAUGCUCGGGGGCCUGUGGCAGGCCAAAGAGUUUCUGUAGCUGGUGGAAUGCAGGGUCCUCCUCACGCGAUGCCAUCCAACGCGCCCUCAUCUGCUCGACCCCAGGGUCCUCCAUCUGAGGUAUCAUCUCAAGAUCACGAAAAGGCGGCUCUGAUCAUGCAGGUGUUGCAGCUGACUCCAGAGCAGAUCGCCAUGCUUCCACCGGAACAGAGGCAAAGUAUCCUGAUCCUGAAGGAGCAGAUCCAGAAAACCGCCGGUGGCCCUUGAGGAUUUCACACACACUGACUCAGGCCUGUUUUCAUUCCCAGUCUGGAUUUGUGUGACUGAUUUUCUUGCCGUUUUCAAACCUAUUUGUUUGUCUUGUGAGUUACAGUGAAUUACUGGAUAGCUGUAGUAAGAAACAAACUUGUAUCUAAUUUUACUAGGUAAAAGUUGAGAAGAUGCUAAUUUGCUAAUGCUGUUUUGUCUGUUGGUUUAUUUUCAAUAAAAAUAAAAAACUUUCAUGACUUUCCAUGCCAUUGUAGGUAAACACGAUGUAAAUAAAGGAAGUAAUGAAUCUAGAA